AUGGAGGGCGCGAAAUACACCGCGAUUCCCCUCUCGUGGCGCGAAAGUUCCGGAGAGCUUCGCGUGCACGAAUCCGCUGACGACAUCUCGCGAGGACUGGCUGACGUCAUCGUGAGAACUUCCGAGGCAGCCAUAGCCGCGCAUGGCUCUUUCACCAUCGCCAUUUCAGGGGGGUCCGUCGUUAAAUGCCUGGGCCAGCUGGCGCAUCCAGAUAUCGCGGCGCGCUGUGAUUGGUCCAGGUGGCACGUGUUCUGGGUGGACGAGCGGGCCGUGCCUCUGACGCACCCCGACAGCAACUACCUGCUGGCGCACACGCACUGGCUCUCCAAGGUGCCCAUUCCAUCAGCCCACAUCCACACUCUCGAUGACUCUCUCCCAGUGGAAGCAGCAGCAGAGGAGUACGAGCGCAAGUUGAAGCAGUGUGUAGAUUCUGGGGUUCUGCUGAUGCACCCAGGCUCGCUCGACUCGUUGGGUGUGCGGCUUCUGUCCAUCCCACUCCAAGCAGCAGCAGAGGCGCAUGAGUGUGAGCUGAGGCAGUGUGUGGAGGCUGGGGUUCUGCUGAUGCACCCAGGCUCGUUUGACCACCUAGGUCUGCUAGGCUUGCUCGAAGCAGCAGCAGAGGAGUAUGAGCGCGAGCUGAGGCAGUGUGUAGAUUCUGGGGUUCUGCUGAUCCACCCAGUCGAAGCAGCAGCAGCAGAGGCGUAUGAGCGUGAGCUGAAGCAGUGUGUGGAUUCUGGGGUUCUGCUGAUGCACCCAGUUGAAGCAGCAGCAAAGGCGUAUGAGCGCGAGCUGAUGCAGUGUGUGGAUGUUGGGGUUCUCCUGAUGCACCCAGGUAGGCUUGCUAGACUCCUGGGCCUGCUAUACCUGCUAGGCCUGCUAUACCUGCUAUACCUGCUAUACCUGCUAGGCAUGCUAUACCUGCUAGGCAUACUAUACCUGCUAGGCAUGCUAUACCUGCUAGGCAUGCUAUACCUGCUAGGCAUGCUAUACCUGCUAGGCAUGCUAUACCUGCUAGGCAUGCUAUACCUGCUAGGCAUGCUAUACCUGCUAUACCUGCUAUACCUGCUAUACCUGCUAUACCUGCUAUACCUGCUAUACCUGCUAUACCUGCUAGGCCUGCUAUGCCUGCUAUGCCUGCUAGGCCUGCUGUUUCUGUCUCCUUCAAGGGAUGGGUGGCACCAGACUCAUUCGGACGCCCUCACCCCCGUCAUCUCAACCCACACUACCUUGCAUCUUCCACUUUUGUCCUGUUGUGCAGAUACGCCCUUUCCCAGAUUCGACUUCAUCCGUCUUGGUGUGGGACCGGACAGCCACGUGGCCUCCCUCGUCCCCAUCGUUUCAACCCAUACCUCCCUGCCUCUGUCCAAUUUGUCCUGUUGUGCAGAUACGCCCUUUCCCAAAUUCGACUUCAUCCUCCUUGGUGUGGGACCCGGCGCUGCGGUGGUUGCAGUCGUGGCAAUGGGGGAGGGGAAGAGGGAGCUGUUGGGGAGGCUGUUUGAAGCAGGGGGGACGGGGUUUGCUGCGGGAUCUGGGUUACCUGCCAGUAUGGUUCUGCCACGAGAAGGGAGGCUGAUCUGGAUGGUUGAUACGGAGGCUGCUGCUGGGUUUCUCCCUGGGGGUUGA